AUGCAGAUCCAUUGGCGGACAACGCGACGUUUGCAGAGCCCCAAUCUCAUUGCCUUGGUCAAGCUGACUGAGGGAGGUGCGGCCCUGAAGGCAUCUGAUCCUAUUUGGUGGGGUGAGGUCUCCCACCAUCCGCAUCAUGGUGGCAAACCUCCGGAUGAAGCUCGCUACCGGCAGAACGGCUAUCUUGCCGUAAACGUGUCGUCCAUUGCUGGGUUCGAGGCAGCUGAUGCUUUCACAGAGGGGGACUACGCUGCCAUCAUUGACUGCAUGACCUUUGUCCCUGAAUACAUUCCAGUCCUCAAAGCUCUUGAGACGCAAAGGCAGAGCAGAAUCCCUUUUGAGGAUGGCGCGCUGCUGAAUCUGUGCUCAUGGCACAGACCAGAUCCUAGCUGUAUGUUGGAUGCUGAUGCAGAUCUCGCCAACUACCGCUUGCUGGUGGCAUCCAUGGUGGAAGAUAGCAGCCUGCCUCCAAUCAUGGCCAUCCGCCGUGAUCCAGUGCUCUCAGAGAAGCCCCUUGGUCGCAUACUUUUCAGCUUUGAGUGGUUCCUUGGGGAGCAGAUGUGCUGGGCUCGUGCGGAAGGAUGUGCAACGACUUGA